AUGAAGGCAGCCAUUCUCACAGCUGUUACGGCUGGUCUGCUGCCCCUUGUCGGAGCUCUACCGGCUUCUUCUUUGACUGCAAGGGCAAAGAAUGGCAUUGUCGAGGUUGAGAUUCCAUCUGGUACCAUUAUUGGCUCAGUUGGCCUGACUGUCGAUACGUUCAAUGGCAUCCCUUAUGCUGAUGCACCCAUUGGAGAUUUGCGCUUCAGACCACCACAGAAGCUCUCGAGGUACCUUGGCGAUUUCGACGCCACCAAAGUCCCAUUGUCAUGCUCUCAAGGACCCUUUGGGGACUCCCCGAGUUUCAGCGUCCCUGAAGCGGGCUCCAUCGUCAACGACACCUCUGGCGAGGCAAAAGCUCCCGAUUCCUCGGAGGACUGCCUGACAAUCAAUGUUCAGAGGCCCAGAGGCGUCCAGGAGGGCGCCAACCUUCCCGUGUUGUUCUGGAUCUAUGGCGGCGGCUUUGUAGGGGGAAGCACCGCCGGCUUUAAUGGCACCAAGUUGAUUGACACCGGUGUGCUUCUUGGCAAGCCAUUCAUCUUUGUGGCGGUCAACUACCGCGUCGCUGCGUGGGGUUUCAUGCCGGGAAAGCAAAUUCUGGAAGAGGGCAGCGGCAAUGCCGGAUUACUCGACCAACGCAUGGGCCUUGAAUGGGUUGCCGAUAACAUCAGGGCCUUUGGAGGCGAUCCAGACAAGGUCACCAUCUGGGGCGAAUCUGCCGGCGCCAUCUCCGUGUUUGACCAGCUUGUCCUCUUUGAUGGCGACGCCACGUACAACGGCAACCCGCUCUUCCGGGGCGCCAUCAUGAACUCUGGCUCGGCGACUCCUACAGAUCCCUUGGACAGUGACAAGGGCCAGGCCAUCUAUGAUGCCGUUGCACAAGCAGCCGGAUGUGAGGGAGACAACUCGCUGGCUUGCCUUCGUGCUCUGGACAAUGACAACUUUACUACUGCUGCCAAUUCCGUGCCCGGCAUCUUCUCUUACAGCUCUCUUGCUCUGUCAUAUCUGCCCAGGCCAGACGGCCAAGCCUUGACAGAUAGCCCCGACGCACUGCAAAGGGCUGGAAAAUUCCACCGUGUGCCCAUGAUCAUCGGAACCCAGGAAGACGAGGGAUCGCUCUUCAGUCUUACCCAGAAGGACAUGGGCACAACCGAAAAGAUUGUCGCCUAUCUAUCUGAAUACUACUUCCACAACGCCGGCCAAGACCAAAUCACCGGCCUCGUCCAAACCUACAGCCCCUUCCCCAAGGACGGAAGCCCGUACGGCUACGGCAGUUUCGAGCUGUAUCCCGGCAAGAAGAGGAUUGCGUCCAUCCUCGGCGACAUUGUCUUCAACCUGAUUCGCCGAAUUUCGCUGCAGGUGUUUUCUGAAGUCGCCCCCGACGUGCCUACGUGGUCGUACUUUUCGUCGUACAAGGACCUGUUGCUUGCCAUUCUCUUUGGCACCUAUCAUGGGUCCGACGUCAGCGUCCUGUUUUCGGGCGACAACGACAACUAUGCGACGUGGAGUGGGCGGGUGUACUAUAUCAACUUUUUGUAUAAUUUGGAUCCUAAUGUCGGCACAAACACUGAUUUGUUCUGGCCGCAGUGGAAAGAGGGCAAGGAGUUGUUGGAGUUUAAGGGAGCUACCAACGGGCUGAAGGUUGAUGAUUAUCGGAAUUCGAGUUAUACCUUUUUGCUUGAUAACAUUGAGGACUUGAAGUUUUAG